AUUCCAGCGAUGUAGUCCAGCUUUUUAACAUGAGGUGUUAACUCGUGUUUAACGCGUGGUCAGCGCGUGGUUUAACGAGUCGUGUCGCUUUAACAUGUGCGCUGAAACCUUGGAACUGGUAUGAGGUUAUGUGAAACAUGUUUUAAUUACUUGAGUUAAAGAAAUUUUAUUCGAUAACACUGUGAAACCGUUAUUUCAAAGCUAGUGCUGUCAUCGUUUGUGUUAAUUGUGGCAUAUUUUUUGGCGAGCAAUACAUUUUUACAAAAUGAAGUUCUCCUACCAAUUUUCAAACCUCCUGGGUACGAUUUAUCGGAAAGGAAAUUUACUGUUCUCUCCUGACGGAAAUUGUGUUAUUAGCCCAGUAGGAAACAGAAUAAGUAUUUACGAUUUAAAAAAUAAUAAAGCUUCAUCUUUACCAGUAGAAAGUCGAUUCAAUUUCACUACAAUUCAAUUAUCCCCUGAUGGAAAUAUGCUGCUUGCUGUAAAUGAAGAGGGUGCUGCGUAUAUAAUAAGUAUGAUAAGUCGAAGAGUUGUUCAUACUUACAUGUUCCGGCGGCCCAUACCUUACAUGUGCUUCAGUCCUGAUGGGAAACAUUUUGCUAUAGCAAAAGAAAAUAAUGUUUUUAUCUACAAAACUCCUGGAAAUCUUACUGGAGAAUAUAAUCCAUUUGUUAUGGAACGUGUUUAUCAUGGAGCAUGUGAUGAUACCACAUGCAUUGAUUGGACUUCAGACUCAAGAGUUAUUGCAGUUGGAUCAAAAGAUAUGACUGUUAGAUUAUAUAGUCUUGAAAAAUUGGCAAAUUUUAAGACCUAUGUGCUUGGAAGUCAUAGUGAUUGUGUUGUAGCAUGUUAUUUUGAAAAUCAAUCAUUAGAUAUGAUAACAGUAGCGAGAAAUGGAGUUGUUGUAUUAUGGGAAUGCAGUAUAGAAUUGGAUGAUUUGCGCCCAUAUGAUUCAUCUCGAAAAAAGAAAAAAAUUGGCCCUGGUGAUGAGGAUGAAGAUGAUAUUGACACACGACAUGCUGAAGAUCCCACAGAGAGUGCCAAAGAAAUUGGAAAUGAUGGUGAAGACGAUGAUAAUGAUGAUGCUAAAAACAAAGAUGACCAAGAUCCUGAUAAAUUAUAUUUCAAACGUUUAAAAAAGUAUUAUCUGUUUGAUGAAAUGAGUGACAAGAAUAAAAGACAAAUUGUUCUUACUGAUGCGGCGUAUCACAAAAGCCUACGUGUUCUUGUGACUGGUUUCUCUAAUGGAGCAUUUCUCAUUCAUGAGAUGCCUGAUGUGAAUCUUAUUCAUUCUCUAAGUAUUUCAGAGCAAGAAAUUACUGCUGUUUCCUUGAAUAACACAGGAGAUUGGAUUGCUUUAGGCUGUUCAGGCCUUGGUCAGCUUCUUGUCUGGGAAUGGCAGAGUGAAACGUACGUUAUGAAGCAACAAAGUCAUUUCAACAACAUAAGUUGUUUAAGAUAUUCUCCUGAUGGACAGCACAUUGUUACUGGAGGAGAUGAUGGCAAAGUGAAACUCUGGAAUACUUCAUCAGGAUUUUGUUUUGUGACAUUUACGGAACAUACUGGCAGUAUUUCUGCAGUUGAAUUCAGUCGCAAUGGCAAAUUUGUUCUCUCAGCAUCCUUUGAUGGUACUGUCAGAGCUUUUGACUUGGCAAGGUAUCGAAAUUUUCGGACAUUCACAUCACCUCGGCCAGUUCAGUUUGUUUGUCUUGCUAUUGACAGUAGUUCAGAAUUUAUUGCUGCAGGAGGUCAAGAUGUUUUUGAGAUUUAUUUGUGGUCCAUGAAAAUUGGAAGACUAGUUGAGAUCCUAGCAGGUCAUGAAGGGCCAGUUGUGAGUAUUGCAUUUAGUCCUGCAUUGAUGAGUACAACUUUGGCUUCUGUUAGUUGGGAUAAAACUCUUAAAGUUUGGAAUGCAGUUGAUACUGAGAGUACCAAUGAAACUAUUCAACUUUCUAGUGAUGGAUUAUUUGUGACAUUCAGUCCUGAUGGUGAAGAAAUAGCUGUGGCCUGUCUUGAUGCACAUAUUUUAUUUUUUGAUACCAAAUCUUCAGUUCAAAAAGGUAGCAUAGAGGGUCGAAAUGAUUUGGGCAGUGGUCGUUCAGACACUGAUCUCAUAUCUGCUAAGAAAUCACUCCAAGCAAAAGCAUUUACAUGUUUGUGCUAUUCUGCAGACGGAAAAUGUAUUUUGGCGGGAGGCCAAUCAAAAAAUGUGUGCAUUUAUCAUGUUCAAGAAUCUAUAUUAAUAAAAAAAUUUGAAAUUACUCAGAAUCGAUCAUUUGAUGCUGUAGAUGACUUCAUCAACCGUAGGAAGAUGACAGAAUUUGGUAAUCUUGCAUUGGUAGAAGAGCGGGAAGAUGCAGAAGGUGGAAAUGUCGCCAUUAGACUUCCAGGAGUGCGGAAGGGAGACAUGGCAUCCAGAGCAUUCAAACCAGAAGUUCGUGUUUACCAUCUUCAGUUCUCCCCCACAGGUCAAGCCUGGGCUGCUGCCACAACAGAAGGAAUUCUGAUUUAUUCUUUAGAUGCAAAUGUUGUGUUUGAACCUUUUCAAUUGACCCUAGGGGUAACACCAGAAACUGUCCGUGAGAAACUCUCUGAAGAGAAAUGGAGUGAAGCUCUUAUGGGAUCAAUUAAAUUAAAUGAACCUGCUAUAAUACAAGAAAUAAUUGAAAAAAUUGAUGUUAGGAAUGUGGAAUUAACUGUAAGGUCUCUGCCACACGCUUACAUGGUCCGAGUGCUCAAGUAUGUGGCAACCAUGCUUGAAUCAUCUCAUCACAUAGAGUUUUAUCUAACAUGGAUUCAGUCAAUACUAACUGCUCAUGGCCCUGAGUUGUGUGGUUCUGAUACUACUAUAAUGCCUAUAUUACUGACCUUACAGAAGAAUAUUACUCGUAAAUAUGAAGAUCUAAGCAAAAUAGCACCUGUUUCAGGCGACCGUCCCCCUGUGACCACUGAUAACCGCUGCGCCUCACUGAUUGCAAAUAAUCCUCAAAAUGAAAAGAAAACCGUUAAUGACACCACCAAAGCUACAACAGAGACUGACUCCACCCCUGCAAGAUGA